GAUUCACCUGGUGUGGUUUGCAUGUUGACAAAUUACUAGCCACCUAACUGUCUUAGCUUUUAAAUCAGGUAUUUUAGUCACUAUGCUAUGGUUUAUUAUCAGUUUUCUUUUUGUUUUUUGCCCUCUUGAUAUGAGCAUUUCACCAACAACCAAACUGCUAUGCAUGUAUCGAUAUAAGAUGAUUUCAUACUCCUGAUGACGACUACUAAAGUGUGUUAAUUUCACCAACACUUGGUAUAAACAUGAUAAGCAAAAGUAUAUGAUCAGUUAGUAGCAUCCUCUGAUGAUUGAAAUUUGACGAAAACACACCCUUGAUAAUGAGAAUCGAUCGACAGACAGCCUUAACCUUCCUGUUUCUGCUAAAAGUAUUCUGAGAUAAUAAAUGCUCGUUAACCUGCACUGAUUAUAUAAACAUUUUAGGGUGUCCCUUUUGUGGAGUAAAUAUAUGAUUGUUUCAGAAAGAAGGAUGAGAUUAAAAUAGUCUGGCACUCAGAAUGUUGUAGGUAUAGGUAAACAGCGAUAUGCAGUUUGUGUAGCAUCCAAGUAAUGCAGCUGUAAUGGUGCAGUUCUUCUACCAAAACCUUCAUGCUCAAGGUUUCGCUCUACCUAAUACUUACAGUGACUCCGCAGCUGCUGCAAUUCUCAUCCAUUUAUUAGCUUCCGUUGGCCACCCAUUCCAUGCAAACAAGAGAAGGAGAAGGAGAAAGAGAAAGAGAAGAAUGAGUUCCUCUUUCUGGACUUUCCUGUUUGUCUUCAGCUCUCUGGCUAUUUACUCGGAAGGACUGACUCGGCAUUACAAGUUCAACGUGGUAAUGCGAAACGUGACCAGACUCUGCUCGACCAAGCCAAUCGUGACGGUGAACGGCCAAUUCCCCGGUCCGACUCUCUACGCGCGCGAGGAUGACACCGUCCUUGUCAAGGUCGUGAACCACAUCGGCCACGACGUGACCAUCCAUUGGCAUGGCGUCCGGCAGCUGCGGACCGGCUGGGCUGAUGGUCCGGCCUACGUGACCCAGUGCCCGAUCCAGCCCGGGCGAAGCUACGUGUACAAUUUCACGCUCACCGGCCAGCGCGGCACGCUACUGUGGCACGCUCACAUCACCUGGAUGCGGUCAACGGUCCACGGCGCCCUCGUCAUCCUCCCCAAGCUGGGCGUGCCGUACCCGUUUACUCAACCCCACCAAGAACACGUCAUCGUAUUAGCGGAAUGGUGGAAAUCCGACCCUGAAGCUGUAAUAAGAGAGGCUCUGAAGGCCGGUCGGCCUCCCAAUGUGUCGGAUGCCCACGUCAUCAAUGGCCACUCCGGAGCUCUCUCCACGUGCUCCUCCUCCUCUCUCGACGGGUUCACGUUGGCGGUGGAGAAAGGGAAGAAGUACUUGCUCCGCGUCAUCAACGCCGCGCUCAACGAGGACCUCUUCUUCAAGGUCGCCGGCCACCGGAUGACCGUCGUGGAGGUCGACGCAGCCUACACCAAGCCGUUUUCCAUUGACACUAUCCUCCUUGCCCCCGGCCAGACCACCAACGUCCUCCUCACCGCCGACAAGACCGCUGGCGGGCGGUACCUCGUCACGACUUCCCCCUUCGCUGAUUCCCCCCUUGUCGCCGUUGAUAACCGCACUGCCACCGCUACCCUCCACUAUGCCGAUAUCGUCUCCUCCUCCGCUGCCCCCGCCGCUGCCAGUGCGCUCACCACCACCAACCCGCCGCUGAUGAACGCCACCCCUGUAGCGGCCGCCUUUUCCGACGCGCUCCGCAGUCUCAACUCACAGGCGUACCCCGCUCGCGUACCGGCCACCGUCGACAGAUCGCUGCUGUUCACGGUGGGGCUGGGGGCGAACCCCUGCGCCAGCUGCGUCAACGGGAGUAGAGUGGUGGCGGGUGUCAACAACGUGACGUUCGUGAUGCCGACGACGGCGCUUCUGCAGGCGCACUACUACAACAUCAGCGGGGUCUUCACAGACGACUUCCCCGGCCGGCCUCCGGUGGUGUUCAACUACACCGGGAGCGGGCCGAGGAACGUGGCGACGGAGCAGGGGACGAGGCUGUACCGGCUGCCGUACAACGCGACGGUGGAGCUGGUGCUGCAGGACACCGGGAUCAUCGGGCCAGAGAGCCACCCACUGCACCUCCACGGCUACAAUUUUUUCGUCAUCGGAAAGGGUUCCGGCAACUACGACCCCAAAACCUCCCCAGCAGGGUUCAACCUAGUCGACCCGGUGGAGCGUAACACGGUCUCUGUUCCCUCCGGCGGGUGGACGGCCAUCAGAUUCAGAGCGGAUAAUCCUGGAGUUUGGUUCAUGCAUUGCCACUUCGAGGUGCACAUGACGUGGGGCCUCAAGAUGGCGUUCAUUGUGGACGACGGCGAAGGGCCGGAGCAGUCCAUUCUACCGCCGCCGAAAGAUCUGCCUGCGUGCUAAUGAGGCGGUGGCCGCCGGCGACGAUGCGGCCGUGGCAGUGAAGCAUUUGUGAAGCAAGUUGACACGCUGUAGUUUCUUACUUUUUGAGGUUUUUUUUUGCAAGUGUGAUUAUAUUUAUAGGACGGCUGAUUUCAUUUUGUUUAAUGUGGGUUCACGGAUAUUUCAUUGUAUUCAUGGAAGUUGAUGAGAAUAAAUAAAUCGAUC